GUUUCAAAUGCUCUGUUAGUCUUUUGUCCGAUUUACAUGCACCUGUUUCUGGUUGAGACAGUCCAAUCAACUCCAAGACAUCGCCAACAUGCUCCUUGGUUGCACAAGGCACUGAAGAUUGUCAAGGAACGAUACAAUUCAAUGAGGCAUGCAGCAACUAUUGUUGUAAGCAGUCCAACGCUCAAGGGUAUGUCACUGGUUUCCUUCUUUUAUGAGUUGGGAAUGUCCGGCAUCAGCGGUGUCUUACUGUACUACCUGAAGGCAGCCUUUGGUUUCAACAAAAAUCAAUUUUCAGAAAUUCUGAUGAUGGUGGGAAUAGGAUCAAUUGUUUCCCAGAUUCUGAUUCUUCCUCUCAUCAAUCCAUUAGUUGGAGAGAAAGUGAUACUUUGCACAGCCUUACUUUCAUCAAUUGCUUAUGCAUUGUUUUAUGGCUUGGCAUGGGCUUCUUGGGUAUGUACUCUUAUAUACUUAAAUAAAUGUGUAGUUAACAUCAGUUUUGAAACUACAUUCUGGGUAAUUACAUGUUCCACCGUUAAACUUCCUCCUAAAAUUUCACGUUAGUCUCUCAUUUUUAGUUGAGACAACCUAUAUCAUUAUUGUAAUUUAGGUUCUAAUUUCUUGCAAAAAAUACAAGAAAAUUUUCUCGUGAAAGUUGCUAUGUGUUAUAACUUUCUCUCAGAAAAAUUAUCUUAACCAAACGCAUACUAAAAAAAUAAAAUUUCAUUUCACUUUCACUUUCCAUCACAUUUUUUUAUCUAAUCAAACGGACUGACAAUAUCAACAGAGAAAGCUAGGACUCUUGUUUCUAUUUUGCCUUUAUUUCCACAUGUAGUGUAUAUCGAUAAAGGAAAAUAACGUGCAUGAACGGAUUUCUUGCAAGAUUAAUUUUCUUACCGCUAGAUAGAGACAAUGGGUUGUCUAGUGAUAAAAAAAUCUAGUAAAAAAUUCCCUUUAUGUAUAGAAUUACUCUUUUGGUAGUAUCUGUACACACGUUGUAUUGCAUCAUCUUACUGUUGUUGACUGGAAAUCAUUGAAAACACAGGUACCAUAUCUAAGCGCUUCAUUUGGAGUCAUCUAUGUCCUUGUCAAACCUGCUGUAAGUACUAGUCUCCCAUGAAU